AUGACGGAAAUAGUUGCGCUGAUGCUUCAAAAAGGGGUGUGUCAUCAGAAGUUUUGCCCUUCUCGUGCAACUACUGUUGCCUGUCUACGUGUAGUUUCAAAUCACAUGACAUUUAUUUUGCUGAACCAUGCGAUACCACACAACCCCGGAGGUUUGAUGCAGAUGGAACAACGUCUCGGUUGUACCUUCGACCACAACCUCUACGCCGCAAAUAAACGACGCCUCAAUCCGAGGAACACGUGCGAUCCCCAAAUCGAGUCGUCGUUCAUUCAGCACUUCUUACUCAUCGCACUGCUCGUCCUCCGCUUGCUUCCGAUCGUUUUUGGCGUUCUGUUGUUAGCGAAACGCACACCGCUCAGCGAGUCCAUCGCUGUGUUCGUCGAAAAGCUACGCCCUGCACAUGAAAGGAACAGGUGA